UCUCCAGGACUCACAUCUGUCUGACAGACAACAACCAUGGGAUUUAAUUUGAGAUUGUUCUGAAAUAUCAGGGUGUUAAACCAACCAAUACAAGGACAGAGAGUGACAUCUUGUGAGAAAAUGGCUUCUAGUUCGUCUCUCCCAGAGGAGGAUUUCUCCUGUACGGUGUGCCUUGACAUCUUUAAGGAUCCUGUCAUGUUGUCAUGCAGCCACAGCUUCUGCCAAGCCUGUCUAAAGGAAUGCUGGAAAGACAAGGAAUCUCGGGAAUGUCCACUUUGCAGGAGACGAUCGUCUAAGGAUCAGCCCCCUAUAAACCUUUCUCUAAAGAACCUGUGUGAGGCCUUACGGGAAAGGAGACAGACAGAUCCAACCACAGGGUCCAAGGUGCUCUGCAGUCAACACAGUGAGAAACUCAGUCUGUUCUGUCUGGAGGAUAAAGAGCCCAUCUGUUUGGUGUGUCAGGUCUCAAGGAAACAUAAAGAUCAUGACUGUAUCCCUGUAGAUGAGGCUGUACAGGAUCACAAGGAGGAACUCCAGACUGACCUGAUGCCCUUACAGGAGAAGCUGAAGGUCUUUAAUAAAGUUAAACAAACCUGUGAUCAAACAGCAGUGCACAUUAAGAGCCAGGCCCAGCACACAGAGAAGCAGAUUAAGAAGGAGUUUGAGAAACUUCACCAGUUUCUACGAGAGGAAGAGGAGGCCAGGAUAGCUGCUCUGAAAGAGGAAGAGGACCAGAAGAGUCAGAAGAUGAAGGAGAAGAUUGAGCAGAUGAACAGAGCGAUAUCAUCACUUUCAGACACAAUCAGAGCCAUAGAGGAGGAGCUGAAAGAGGAAGACAUCUCAUUCCUGCAGAACUUCAAGACCACGAAGGAAAGAGCCCAGUGCACAAUGCCAGAUCCACAGCUGGUGUCAGGGGGGCUGAUAGACGUGGCCAAACACCUGGGAAACCUGAAGUUCAGAGUCUGGGAGAAGAUGAAGGAGAUCAUCAAACACACUCCUGUGAUUCUGGAUCCCAACACUGCAUCCUCCCGUCUCUCUCUGUCUGAUGAUCUGACCAGUGUGAGUCGAACUGACCCAGAGCAGCAGGUCCCUGACAACCCAGAGAGAUUCAUGAAGUAUUCAACUAUUCUGGGCUCUAAGGGGUUCAGCUCAGGUAAACACAGCUGGGAGGUGGAGCUGGGUGACCGUCCUUGCUGGAUUAUGGGAGUGGCUAAAGAGUCAGUUGACAGGAAGGGGGAGCUGUUUGCAUCACCAGAGUAUGGAAUCUGGGCUAUACGGCAGGAUAGUGGUGAGUAUAGUAAUGGAAAGGGAGAGACCCUCCUCCUGAAGAAGAAACCCCAGAGGAUCAGAGUUCAGCUGGACUACGACCAGGGGGAGGUGUCCUUCUACGACUCCAAAGACAUGACACUCAUCUACACUCAUAAAGACACAUUCACUGAGACUCUCUACCCGUACUUCCAUAUUGGAUCAGCCGGUGAUGUGAAAAGCACUGGUGUUCAGAUCUGCCAAUCAGAGGUGUCAGCCCAUGUCAGUUAAACAUGUUGUAUUGGUUAAUUAGUCUAGUUAAUCUAGCCAGCUAUCUAAACUAGUCAUCAUGACCGAAUUAAAAAACCUCUGGACCCUAAAUGUGGCUGGGUUAAGGAAAACCUCUGGGCCCUAGAUGUGGCUGGGUUAAGGAAAUCCUCUGGGCCCUAGAUGUGGCUGGGUUAAGGAAAACCUCUGGGCCCUAGAUGUGGUUGGUUCACAUGUUAAGGAAAACCUCUGGACCCUAAAUGUGGCUGGGUUAAGGAAAACCUCUGGGCCCUAGAUGUGGCUGGGUUAAGGAAAACCUCUGGACCCUAGAUGUGGUUGGUUCACAUGUUAAGGAAAACCUCUGGACCCUAGAUGUGGCUGGGUUAAGGAAAACCUCUGGGCCCUAGAUGUGAGUGAGAGGUCCAAGGUCUAGGAGUAUCUGAAGGUAUAGUGUUAUUACUACUGGUGAACUCACUGUUUAUUAGGAUUUUGUUUCUUUAGACAAAGGCUUUAUUUACAACACUGAUUGUCUCUCUAAUUAAACUACGUUUUACACUUGAAGACUUUUCUUUGUGUGUUUUACUUUAUCAGAGUACAACUACUAUGUGUCUUAAUGAUCACAUUGUUUUAUUCUGUUAUUUGCAUCGACUCAUGUUUUAUGCAAUAUUUUAUGUAUUAUCCAUUUUUUAUGUUCUUAGUUUUGAUAAUGUUACAAAUGUAUUUUAAUGCAAUCUGUGUUACAAUAUUGAUUUAAUUUAUUCUAAAGUUGUCUUACAUGUAUAGGCUUAUCUGCAUUGGUACUCUGUUUCUACAUAUUUUAACAUUCAAAUAUAUUGACCUCUGAAUCCUGACUAGAUUCAACCAUAUCUUCUAAUAUUAACUAUUGACUUUAGUGUAAUUGUGAAUAACUUGAAUCCUUGUCAGAAUGUCCUUUUCUAGUGUCAACAUUUACCUGUAUAUGUCCCUGACAGUGUCUGCAGCAUUACAACAUGAAACAAGGACAUGCUAUUGAUCUGACUAUUGAGCUACAGAGCUCUGUGUUAAACUGUUAUCAGUGAAUGUUCUACAUGCUACUGGGUCUGGGAGGACACCAUGUACAACACAACGUCUGUCAUUAUUGGUGCUGAUGUGAAGCUAUGAAACAAACUGGCAUUAAAAGAUCAUCAAAGAAA